GGAGCGCUCUGUGGGAAAGUUAUUUAGUAGAGUUCGGACAGAGGUGGAGUCCUAAAUUAGCGUUUGGAUAUCAUUCAUAAGUGUUAAAUUGAGUGAAAAAUUUACGUCUAAGUAAGCAGCUUCUAGUAGAAUGAUUUAAGACAAACGGAGUGCUGCGGGUUGGUUGUUACACAAUUACCGUUUUAUAACGUAAGCUUACUAGGCGUGUACCUACCCGUUCGCGUUGCGCUUACCAUAGAAGUAAAUUGAAUUUGGAGAAAUCUACCGUUUGGUGUGGGUGGUAUUACAAUUGAUUUCGCUUUCCGGAGUGUAUUCUAUAGUUAUGCGAAUGGACCCGCUGUGGUGGCUUAAAUAACAGAAUCGGGGAAGCGUUUCGCAAUCGCCAUUAUAGUCAGUGCUAUUAUUCAUCGGAAUCAACUCAAUCGUGCGACAGAUACCUGCUCUUUGUGCUAAACGCAGCGCAGUACGUUGGUGUGAGUUAUCGGAGAGGAAAAAAAUUGAAAACAACUUUUCCAUACAAACACCGGCGCACCUGUGAUUAACGGCCGUGAGCUCAGGUGGAUUAUUUACGUGAAAGCCAUUCAAGCUAGGAUAAGACUACACUGAAAUUAAUUGACAAUACUGGGAAUAAUACCAACAAUAUUUCCCGUAUGUCCAGCAAUAGUGCAAAUGGAAAAUAUGAUGAUCAAACAGCAAUAGGAAUGCAGUCCAGUGGUCAAUAGUGCUUUUUAUUUUCAGAGAAGUAACACCAGUAAGGUGGUAGUGGGUUUAUAGCAGACAAAUUGAAGGUGUUUGUGAACGAACCGAAGAAGAAAAAAAAGAUACAAAAAUAAGUGAGCAACGAAAAGGCAACAGUCACGCAUACCGAUAGUUAGUUUCAGUUUAAAACAAACGACUCAACCAUCAGUGCCCGGCAUGGCGAGCGGGGUUAAACUAAAUUCCGUAUCGACAACAAUAUUUUGUUGGAUAACGAUACUAGGUCUAGCGCAAUGCCAAAAGAUUCCGAGCCUGCAAAUCCUUCCGGCAGCAUCUGUCCAGCGCAAACCGGUGGGAGCGUCACUGCUAUUGACCUGCCGACCCGACGUUCCCGAUAGCACACUGAUAUCUGAUCUGCGGUGGAGCGACAAUCGCAACAUGACUAUACCGCCGAAAGCGACAAAACAUUACUAUCCACAGUACGAUUCUAAGGGUCGAAAACUCCCAGCGAAAGCGGGCCAGUCAUCUCCACCGAUUUACACCGAGUCAAUCGCAAGCGGGCAAGCGUUGGCGCUGAUAUUCAACUCAUUGCAGGAGUCGAUGGCCGGCGUCUAUUACUGCGCGGCGUCCUACUCCGUUACCGAGCAACUUGGCGCGUUCGUUGCAGUGGAAACUUACGCCGCUAUCACAUGGAAGAAUGCUCCAGAGGACCAGCGACCGAUCCUGGGCGAGGAUUACAUUGUUCGCUGUGAGGUGACAGCCAAUCCACCAGCCACAGUAGAUUGGCUCCGAGAUGGAGAUUCGAUUAGAUCCGUUGGUCGAUAUGUCAUCGAAAACCGGGGCCUGCUAAUUAAGAAUGUAUCAGAGAGUGACGACGGUCUGUACACGUGUCGAGCUGCGGUGAUAAUGACAGGAGAACUGGCGAAACGAGUUAUUCGAGUGGAAGUCCAAAUUAAGCCAGAAGUGCAAAAGCUGCCACCUACUCUGGAUGCCGUCGAAGAUCAAUCGUUCUCCUUCUUAUGUAAUGCCACUGGCAAACCCGUGCCUGAAUUCCAGUGGAUAAAGAAGAGCACCCAACAGAACGUGGCCGAUAUUGAUAGAUUUUCUGUUAACCCUUUAACUGGCCAAUUGGAUAUUAGCCGAGUGGAUAAAGACGAUCACGACACGUAUACUUGUGUUGCUAAAAAUGCCGCGGGAAUUUCCGAAUCGACCACUAAACUGAACGUGCUCAUUCGUCCAAAGAUCGUCGAGUUCAUGAAUAUCACCGUAUCUGAGCAUAAGGAGGCUGUCCUUGCGUGCAGAGCCUUCGGUAGACCACCACCAGAAAUUACAUUCCGACGAUUUGGAACGACUGAGGAAUACUCAGUCGGUUUACAAGUCAGUGAUGAUCGUAUUGUUCUGGAUAUGGACACUAAUACUGAGACUAGUGAAACUAUCGGUACGUUACGAAUUUCCAAACUAACCAGGACAGACGACGGCUUAUACGAUUGUAUAGCCCGUAAUCCCGGAGAUGUAGCGUACAAAGUAGGACACAUUACUGUCGAGUACAAACCAAACUUCGACCAUCUGAAGCUGCUACCACCGGUGUUUACGUGGGAACAGCGUACAGCCAAUCUCAGUUGCUUUGCUCAAGCAAUCCCCAAUGCUACUAUUGAGUGGCGCUGGAAUGAUCGCCGUGUCGUGGAUCUGAGUGAUUCGAACAUGGAAGUUCAGAAUCAUGGCUUACGAAGCGAUUUAAUUAUCAAACCACUAGAUCAUCGUUAUUAUAGUAGUUAUAAGUGCGUAGCAACUAACAAAGUGGGUGAUGCGUCACACAUCAUGGAACUUCGAGAAGCUCGCAUUCCUGAUGCAAUUGUGCAAGCUAAACCUCGUUCCGUGAGCGCAACCUCCAUGACUUUCGAUAUUAUACCACCUGCUGUAGAGAAAGGGUUACCAAUCACGGCCAUUUCUGUGCAAUACAAAGAAGAAUUCAAUCCUGACUGGAACAUUGCUAUGAACCGGACUUGGUCUCCGGACAGUCCUUACAUUGUCGAAGGGCUGCGACCGCAAACGUCUUAUAAUUUCCGGUUUGCUGCGAGAAACGUUGUUGGUCUCGGACAGUGGAUGGCCUACGUUACGCAUUCGACACCGAAACGAUCCGAACCGGAAACCCCGAAAACGUUGCACACACCGAUCCAGGAAGAGGACGAAGAAGAUGAUGCCAUCGUAGCAUCCCCGUACGCCGAUCAUUUCGAGCUGCGGUGGAAUGUGCCCGUAGACAAUGGGGAACCCAUUUCGUUCUAUCGGGUAAAAUACUGUCCGGGUUCGAAAAUAAAUGGUGUGUGGACGGAACUAGAGGGUGCUUGCAUCGAGGAGGACAUACCAAUCGCGACGCACUAUGAGAUGCGUGAUUUGCAGGCCGAUACGUACUAUCGGAUAGAGCUGAUGGCGCACAAUGCCAUAGGAUUCUCGAAACCGGCUCACCUGCUGCUGAAGACUGCCCGAGGUAUCGACGUGGUGCUGCGAGUAGACGAACAUGCCCUCUCUUCAGCCGCCGUCAUCGGAAUCGUGGUCGGCUGUGUCCUGCUGCUGUUACUGGUCAUCGAUAUCCUGUGCUGCCUGAUAGGCAAUCUCGGUCUGCUGGCAACGAUGUGCAGAAGAACGAAGCGAUCGCCGUCGGAGCUCGGAGACGAAGAGAAACUGGGAAGGGACGACGAAAAGCAACCGUUGAAUUCCUUGCCCGAAGCUGGUGUGAAAACUAACAUGUCAGUGGAAUUCGAUGGCAGAGGAGUGCAGACCCGAAGUGGCGAGAUUAUCGGCAAAAACUCGGCAGUGUAAAUUGGACGAAUGCCGGUGAACAACCAAAAACCGACGACGCUAGGUGUUUUCAUGGCGUAUGAUGACAUUACGAGACCACAGUGCAUUUGUGACCAGGGUAACCAUUCCAGAGCGUGCUGGGAUCGGUGCGGUGAAGAACUGAAAGGGAUGCAACUGAAAAGUCCUCACAAAAUUGUGUAUAAUUAGCUAUUAGUUUUAGAGCGGAUUUCCUACUUACUAUUUAUAAUGUAAUAUGCUAUUAGAGCAGGACGUGAAAAAGGAUUAAUUCGUAUACACUUUAUGAUUCGAGAAGUUAGAACCAAAUUUUCCUUUGAUGAUCUAUAGUCGAGCAACCGCUACUAAAAGUUUAAAUAAAAUCCAACCAUAAACAUAUAAAUUUCCGAUGUUCUUUGAAUCAUUAUCCUAUUAUUAUUCAAUACCUGAAUCGUAAGAAUAAUUGAACAGUGAUGCAUUGUGUGCUUUUGCUAACCAAAGUAAAAACGAUUAAAUUAAUCGUUCUAAUCGUAGAUGCGGCAGUAUUACUGUUUGUUUUACAUUGAAAUUAAAGAAGGAAGAAUGUGUGGAUAAGGAACAAAAUACAAAGAUAGAACCGUUGCUUGGACUAUUCGAAAGGGGUUCAUAAUAAUCUGUUAAAUUUUUAGCUAACAGGCAAACAGCUAACAGGCUAACAGGCGGAAUAAAAUAAUACUUCUCAGUAAAUAAUGUACUGAAUGGUAUAAACAAUAGUAUUUUGAUGUACUCGCAUUCGUUCAAACUCACAUGUUGCAUUGUUCGAAAGCCGAAUGAAAUCGUAAAUAUUUUUGUUUCGAUGCUAUAUGUACUAUGUAAAUUCCGGGCUGAUACUAGCUUAUUUGGUUCGAAGGCGCUUAAUACGGAAAUGUACGAACACAUUACUCAAAAAUGAUUGAUAGGCGAGGAUUGAGACUCAAGCAGGGUGCUUCCAGUGUAUAUUUAGGGUUAACUUUGAGAAGUGAUUAUUCAUCAUUUUAGGGGGGCUCCGUAGCCGCAAGGUUACCGAGUCUGCUUUGACAAGCGAGUGGUCGUGGGUUCGAAUCUUAGUAGAAUCAAGCCAUUCUCGAUGUCAAGUGACUUUAGCAUGGGUUUAUUCUCAGGCCCCUCCAUUUACCCUUCCUUCGUGCUGAAUUCUAUAUUUACCCUCUGAAGCCUCUUAACAGUGCAAAUGUCCCUCCUAUAGUUAAGUGUACUGGUCAG